UUGUUGAUGUUGUUUCACAAAUUGGUUUGCUUCGUUCCUCAAUAGGUGUUGGAGGUGGAGUUUCUGUUGGUGUUGAUGGAGGUGGAAUUUCUGUUGGUAUUGGCGGAGGUGGAAUUUCUUUAAAUACAAAUUGUUCUAGUUCAGAUAACUCAUUAAAUGCUUGUUUAUCAAAAGAUUCCUAG